AUGGAAGAAGAACUAAGAUGUUUUAUAUGUAAAGAGUUCUACAGAGAGCCGGUGCUGAUGCCUUGCGGUCAUGCACUCUGUCGAGCAUGUGCUGUGGGUUUACAAACGCAUGUACAUGAAAAUGACAAUGCCAGUGCCGUUUCACAUGACUUUCAGGAGGCUGAUAAGGCCUCGGUAUCUAGCGAGACCGAUAGUGGUGUUGUUUGCGGGUCCAGGCCUAACAGUUAUGCAGGAACUCCUGCUGCAUCGACGUACACAACGGCUACUUUUAGUAUAAUAUGUCCAUUUUGCAACAAACAAGUAUUUCUUGACGACAGUGGUGCUGAAGGCCUUCCACCUUUUCGCGUCAUGCGAACAAUAGUGGAACGUUUCGGUGGAGUCAGUGUGGCCCCGCCAGCUGAGGAGGCAUGUCAAAUGUGCGAAGGAGAACGUCGGGCGGCUGUAGUGCGUUGUGAACAGUGUUCAGUGCGGUAUUGCGCGGGCUGUAGAGAUGCUUGGCACCCUACUAGAGGUCCUCUCGCUCAACACGAGCUGAGGGCAUUAGGAACAACAUGUACAGAUCACGGAUGCACUCCUGUAUUAUUUUGUAAUACAUGUCUACUACCUAUCUGUCAACGAUGCUUGGCAGAAAGACACGCCUCUCAUGAAACUCAACAUUUAUCAAGUGCAGCUAGAUUACAUAAGACAGAAUUAUCGCAAACACUUCACCAGUUGUCAGAAGAAGCCAAGGCAAUGACUGAGUAUAUACAACUUGUGAAGAGCUCCGGGGACAAAAUAAAUGAAUCGUGCGAAGAAUUAGAAAAUCAAAUCGAUCAGGCAUGUGCCGAAAUAACUCGUGCCAUAGAAAGACGGAGAGAUGAAUUAGUAAGGGCGGCUCGUAAUACAAGGUCUCAAGCUGUGGCUGGUAUGCGCGUGAUGACGUCACAAGCUGCACAGAAACUUAGAGAGGCCACUGCAUUGUUGCAUUUUUCUAUAGAAGCUCUGAAAGAAUCAGAUCACGCUGCCUUCUUGCAGGUCGGUAAGAUACUGUCAGUCCGUGCUCGCGACACAGCCUCGAACCUACGAUCAUCGCUGGAGACUCCACCGGCGCCGCCAGCUCUCACACUCGACAUAGAGCCCGUCUUGAGAACCGUUAAUACUAUGAACUUCAUUGAGUGUAUACCUCUGGAAAAGGAUAUGAAAACAUCAGCUCCAGGUGCCCCCGAGAUGGCGGUAGAGGCGUGCGCGGCUCGCGGUUGUUCGUGUACUUUGGCGUGGCGGGCUCCAGCCGCGCCUCGAGCAGUGCGCGGGUACGUGCUCGAAUUAGACGACGGUUUGGGAGGACCCUUUAGAGAGGUGUAUUGCGGCCGUGAGACCGUUUGCACAAUCGAUGGCCUGCAUUACGCGUCACUAUACAGUGCUAGAGUGAAGGCGUUCAAUGGAGCGGGCGAGGGUCCUUACAGCGAGGUCAUCGGCCUACAAACAUCACCUGUGGCGUGGUUCACAUGGGACGCUCGUUGCGGUGUUAGCGGGGAGGGGGGGCUCGUUAUAGGUUCUGAAGGUUUAAGUGCGCGGGCUGCGGGCUGGCAGCCGAGGGUAGCACUCGCUGAUCAGCCGCUAGCACGCGGUCUGCACUACUGGCGACUGAGGAUCGAUCACUACGACGGCGAUGCUGACCCAGCCUUCGGAGUCGCUAGGGCUGAUGUGGCGAGGGAUAAAAUGCUGGGUAGUGACGCGCUCGGCUGGGCGAUGUAUAUAGAUGGUUCGCGCUCGUGGUUCGUUCACGGCGGUGCUCACGGCGGCAGAGCUGCCGGCGGGAUUACACACGGCUCCACUGUUGGCGUUCUGCUGGACCUUACACGGGGCACGCUGAGGUUCACUGUCGACGAUCGUCCCCAGGGUGAUAUCGCAUUCACUGGCUUGCGAGGUGCUUUUUACCCGGCAGUGUCCUUAAACAGGGGUGUGGGUGUAACACUUCAGCCAGGGUUGCCACCGCCACCUGACUUACUGGACAUAGCCGGGAUCAGUUUACAAUAG